AUGGAGAAGACACCACCCAAGACACCACAACUGAAUGGUAUUGCUGAGAGAAUGAAUCGAACAAUUGGAGAAAGAGUUCGUUGUAUGCUCUCUCAUGCAAAACUACCAAAGUCAUUCUGGGGAGAAGCUAUCAUGAACGCGGUUGAUAUCAUCAACCUUACACCAUCAGUUCCAUUAAACGGUGAUGUCCCAGAGGAAGUUUGGUCAGGAAGGAAGGUCAACUACAACCAUUUGAAGGUAUUCGGGUGUAGAGCAUUUGUCCAUAUUCCUAAGGAUGAACGAGCUAAGUUAGACUCCAAGACCAAGGAAUGCAUCUAUCUUGGCUCAUCAAGAGAUGAGUUUGGCUACCGACUUUGGGAUCCGAAAAAUAGAAAGAUCAUCAGAAGCAGAGAUGUUGUAUUUUUCGAGGACCAGACAAUCGAAGACAUCCAAAGGUCGGAGAAGCCAAAGCUAAAGGUUAGCAAAAAUGUAGAACAUCAUCAAUCACGUGAUAAUCCAGAGGAAGCGGUUGAAGAUGGUGAAAACGACCCUGAAGAAGACACCACUACUUCAGAUCAAAAUGGUGAUGAGAACGAAGAACAAGAGCCAGGAGAAGAGAUUGAAUUAAGACGGUCAGCAAGAGGUAGGAUAUCGUCUACACGAUAUCCGUUGGAUGAAUACGUGACUCUUACAGAUCAGGGGGAGCCUGAAAGCUAUAUGGAGGCCAUAGUCGACACCCACAAAGAUAAAUGGGUAGAAGCCAUGCAAGAUGAAAUGGAAUCCUUGCAUGAGAAUCACACGUACGAGUUGGUGGAGUUACCAAAAGGAAAAAGAGCUUUGAAGAAUAAAUGGGUGUAUCGGAUAAAGUCUGAAGAUAACAGCUUAAAACCCAGGUACAAAGCUCGAUUGGUUGUAAAAGGAUUCAGCCAGAAGAAAGGCAUAGACUUUGAAGAAAUAUUCUCUCCAGUGGUAAAGAUGUCCUCCAUCCGAGUUGUUCUUGGUCUAGCUGCUACUCUAGACUUGGAAAUUGAACAACUCGAUGUCAAGACGGCAUUUCUUCAUGGUGACCUCGAAGAGGAGAUCUACAUGGAGCAACUUGAAGGAUUUAAGGUCUCAUGCAAAGAAAACAUGGUAUGCCGACUAAAGAAGAGCCUUUACGGUCUUAAACAAGCCCCAAGGCAGUGGUAUAAGAAGUUUGAUUCCUUUAUGGCGGAUCAUAACUUCAAGAAAACCACGAAUGAUCAUUGUGUCUUCAUAAAAAAGUACGCUAGCGGCGACUUUCUCAUACUUUUGCUUUAUGUUGAUGAUAUGUUGAUUGUGGGCCAUGACCGCAUCAAAAUAGCUGCUCUAAAGAAAGAUUUGAGCAAGUGUUUCUCUAUGAAAGAUUUGGGGCCUGCCAGACAGAUUCUUGGGAUGAAAAUCACUCGUGAUAGGUCAAAGAAGCGACUUUGGCUAUCCCAAGAAUGA